UUGUGAUUAAGAAAGGAUUUGGCCUUAGAGGUACAGAUACAACAACAUAGAUCGAAAAGCUUGCUCCCCACAACUUAAACACUCUAGAUACUACUAUUGCAGAGACCAUUAGGUCUUUCGGAAGGAAAAAAAGCUAACCACCUUUUUACUCCUUACCUGUAGCGCGUACUUCUUUUAAAGUUAACUAUGAUGUAUCUACAGCUACAUAAUAAGUCGAUGUUUUACAAACUGCACUUAAGAACAUGUCUGAAAGACUGGGAUAUGGAGGAGGAGAUGAAACUGGCUACAACUACAGACCAGUAUUUCCAAGAUGAGAAGUUAAAUGACCAUUGUUUGAUGCGUUGGCAGUAUGCUCGAUUUUCACGCCAAACUUCAGCCUCAAGAGAUGAUCGUGCAGUUCAUCCAUUUCUGGAAAAUGACGAAUCCAAGAUUCAUCCAAGCCUCUGGUUGAUGGUGGAUCCAAAGCAAGCCUGCUCAAUCCGUUAUCCAAAGUUAGAAGAGCCGCAGCCAAAAGCAUAUGUAAAGAGUGUAUGUGUAACCAACAUAAUGGAAACCUCGCCCAACCAGUAUAUCUCCAACAUGGAUGAUUCUUACACAGAUCUUUCACCAUCCUCUUCCUCUUCUAGUGAGCUGAUGGUCACAGAGGAUGACGACACUUCUUCCAUUGAUAUUCCAGUUCGAAAGGUCAGAACCACUUCAAAAAGACGUGCUCCCAGGCAAACUGCAGUCAAGCGGACUAAAACCCAUACAAGAAGGUUCAAUCGUAGGCUACAACACAAAGAUGUCCAGUCACAUGGCUGGCCUAGGCCUCCAAUCAACUACUGCGUUCUUAUUGCCCUGGCGCUACGCAACAGCAACAGUGGGAGCCUUAACGUACAGCAGAUCUACAACUUUAUUCGAGAGCACUUCCCAUUUUUUCGAACAGCACCAGAUGGCUGGAAGAACACCAUCCGGCACAACCUGUGCUUUAGCCAGAGCUUUAAGAAGGCAACAAAUGAUUCAGCUGGUAAGGGAAGAAGGAAGUCCUGCUUAUGGAGACUGACACUUGAGGGAGAAAUGAAGCUUCAGGAUGAAACUGGCACAUUAUCUGAGGAAGUAUUACGGGUCCUGCGACGAAGCAUUAACAAGCCAGAGUUAAUGGAGGUAAUGUUUGAUUUAUAACCUCCGGAACUGCUCUUGCCACCUUCAAAGCACAUCCAAUUUAGUGUGAGUAAACUUGACUGCCAGAAUGAAAUGUUUGUUGCAAAUGGAGUCUGGUAUCUUGGAUCUCUCGUAGUCCUGUUUCAACUAAAGACCAGUGAAGAAGUAAAACCAUUUUCGAACUGAAACAUUAUUCUUCAAUACAGAGAUUAUUACUUCCCAUUCACAAAGAAACCCAUCUAUAUUUCAAGAGAAGCAACUGUUCCAACAUUUGGAUGCAUAUAAAUUCCACAAAGAAAGCAGUGGGAUGUUUGUUAUACUUUUAAGGAUAUGUGCUGUCCUGAAUAAGUGGAUUAUGCCUCUUCACCUAGAAAAUAAUGCCCACUUUAAAUGAAGUUGUUGCUGCAGAUAGCAUUUUCUGUUCUGCAGAAACUCCCACUGACUUGUAGAGUUGUGCAGUUCAUAAUUUAUUUUUGGUGAAAGAACAUCAGUAUGUUUUUCAGAAGCAAAAGUGGAUCUUAACCUGAUUGGUCAGACUGACAACUAAAUACAUUUAACAUUGUAAGCAGCAUUGUGCUGAAUGAAACAAAGGUAACUACUAAAAAGGUAGCUGGAAUUUGUGUUUAACCAUGUUUUAGGCAUCCAGUGAGAUGCACAGGAGCAUAUUCCUAGUAAUUAAUCUGGUUCAAAUUUGUUUUCUGGUCAUAAUUGGUAACCAUAUAGUAAGUGAGGAUAACUAGCACUAACAAAAGAGUAGUUGAAGACAAAACAGUUUCUAAAAAUAACUGGUUAAGUGUGUGUUGGGUGGGGGAGAUCUCUGACUUUGAUGUUAAAAGGCAAAUUUGGAAUACAGAGAGAGGGGCAUUUUUUGAGAUGUCAUUGAGCGUCUUCUGUGUGUAGGCAUGCAUGAAUGGGCGUGCCUUCGUUGAAGGUUGUGCGUCAGGGCUGGUAACUCGGCAUGUAAAAAUCCACUGCCAAACAUUAGCGGACCGGAGUUCCGCUGUGGCGACCCCUAACCGGGAUAAGCCGAAAGACACAACAACAUUGUGCACACAUGGCAUCAUUGUUCACGGGAUUUCAGGUUUUGCUAUAGCACUGUGUAGCAUUGCUACAAUACCUUUUUUUUUUUUUUUUUUUUUUUUAUAACUUUUAUCCUUGUUGAACUUGGAAGCUGCAAUUCUCAUUGGUGAAGUCAGAACAACCUGUGUCAUGUAUCAACGGAUGGAGGCAUAUACAGUUUUAUAGAUGCAGCAUUCAAACACAUUAUAAGACAAAUUUAUUUUGGAAAGAAGUACGAACCUUGGUAUAUGAUCAGUCUUUUUUUUCCCAAGCAGAUCCUUUGUAAGAAAUGUGAAUAUUUUUCCUUUAUAUUAAAGUUGUAUCAUUUGCCUUUACUAGGUAAUAAAGUAGCCAAGGACACAUGAUAAUGAA